UCCUCUUCCUCCCCCGCAUGCUUUGCUUUUGAUCCCACAGGGACUUGGAGCCUUUACAUUCCAGUCAUUCCAGCCGCAGCGAACAAUCAGCCCUCAGUUAUUUAUUAGUGCAGCUCUCGGCUUCAGCCUGCUCAGUCUGCUGCUGCCCGUCGGCGCGCACACACGUACACGGAGGAAAGACGCUCGGGAAACUUGUGGACAUUGUUGAAUUAAGCGCGAAACACAGAGACCUUACACCGCCACUGGAGUGUGAUGAGGCGCCAAUCUGAUCUGUGAAGGGCCCAAACUGCCACCUCCAGGUUUGGUUUUUUCCCUUUACUCAUUUCCCACGGACUAAAAUGAGAACUGCUGAAGACUCCUCUGGAACAGUCCUACACCGUCUCAUCCAGGAACAACUCCGCUACGGGAACCUGACUGACACUCGCACACUUCUGGCUAUCCAGCAGCAGGCCCUGCGUGGAGGUAGCAGCGGUGGGGGCACAGACAGUCCCCAGUCUUCUCUGGAGAGCCUGACUCAGGAGGAGCCCCAGUACAUCCAGAUGUCAACACGGCAGGAUCCUCAAGGCCAAGAGCACCAGGGAGACUGCCUGCACUCUGAGAGCUCUUUAUCCAAACUGUAUCAGCUCUAUGGAGAGGAGCUGCCCACUUAUGAGGAGGCCAAAGCCCACUCCCAGUACCUGAACUCUCACAGGGAGCAGACAGAGCAGAAAGACCCCAGCAUGGACAUAAUGGGCAGUUGCGGUGAGGGACAGUGGGAUCUGAAGAGGGAGCACGCUCGUUCCCUUAGUGAGAGGCUUAUGCAGCUUUCUCUGGAGAGGAACAGACCCAGGGACAGUCUGGCUUUGAGCUCCUCACACAGCUAUCCACAGCUAUAUAAUAAUAAUGUUCCAAAUCCUGUGGCACCUGACAGGCAAGGGGCUGAACGGUGUGUAGACGAGCGUGAGCCGCCACCAGACUAUCCUUUCUGUGCCAUGCUCAGCCACUCACAGGAGCAAGGACAGUACUACAGAGACCCGCCUACCCCCUUCUACUCACAGCUUCACAGCAGAUAUGUGUGCACCCGGUCCCAGGUGACUCACAACAGCGUUGCCACAGCCUCCAGCAGUAACUCAGCUCAGCCCGAUGUGUUGGUGCGGGAGAACGAGCGGCUCAGAAAGGAGCUGGAGGUCUACACCAAGAAGGCCGCCAGGCUGCAGAAGUUGGAGCUGGAGAUUCAGAGGAUAUCUGACGCUUACGAGACCAUGAUGAAAGGCUCUGCCAAACGGGAAGCUCUGGAGAAAACAAUGCGGAACAAACUAGAGGCCGAGAUCAAGAGGAUGUAUGACUUUAACAGAGACCUCAGAGAACAACUUGAUAGCGCUAUCAAACAGCGAGCAGCCAAAGAUGCUGAGUGUACAGAUCAGAAGCAGCACGUCUUUGCUAAGCUAUUGGAGCAAAAUGAAGAGCAGCAGCGUGAACGUGACCGUCUGGAGAGGCAGAUUCAGCAUUUGCGUGUCACUGGGGAGGAGUGCCAGCGGAUGCGGGAGCUGGUGGAGCAGGCUCUGACCUCAGCGCAGGCCCGCAACCAGCAGCUAGAAGAAGAACUGCAGAGGAAGAGAGCCUAUGUAGAGAAAGUGGAGCGGCUACAAAGUGCGCUAGCUCAGCUGCAGGCAGCAUGUGAGAAGAGGGAAGUGCUUGAGCUAAGGCUGCGCACACGACUUGAGCAGGAACUGAGAAGCCUGAGGGCGCAACAGUCACAUAAUCAGGCAGCUGACACCACAGCUUCAGAACUGAGUUCAUCCACACUGCAGCAGCAGCUGAGGGAGAGAGAGGAGCAUAUUCUAGCCCUGGAGGCCGACAUUACCAAGUGGGAGCAAAAGUACCUGGAGGAGAGCACCAUGAGGCAGUUUGCAAUGGAUGCAGCUGCCACUGCUGCAGCACAGAGAGAUACAACUAUAAUUAAUCAUUCACCUCGACAUUCACCACACAGCAGUUUUAAUGAAGACCUGCCUUUGUCGAGUCACAGACAUCAGGAGAUGGAGAACAGGAUCCGGGCACUUCACGCACAGCUUCUGGAGAAGGACGCUAUGAUCAAAGUCCUCCAGCAGCGCUCCAAAUGGGAGCAGGGCAAGCUGGAGAGGGGGCUUCGCCUGGCCAGGUCCGUCCCCUCCAUCAACAUUGUUUCCAGCAGCAUGAAGAGUAAAGGUAUGAACCUCUCAGAUGACCAAACAGGUGCUGCUGCACUCCAGCCCCAACCCUGUGCAGCACCCAGGGUCCUGAGCCGAGACUCCAGCACCCAAAGUGACGAAGCCUUGCAGGAGCCUGAGCUCAGGACAGAGCAGGGCAAACUGAAGACAUCAGAGACGAUCACGGCAACUACCACUAGUACCUCGGAGGGGCCAAAGGCUCCACUCCAGACAUUUAACAACAUCAACAGCUCAAGUGCAGAAGUGGUUGAAGUUCUCAUCUGAGUGCUUGCUAAAACUUGGAAGACUGAUCAGAGACAGAGACUUGUGGCCAUGGUGUUCAAAGCCUUCCUCAAUUUUGGAUCACAAGGAAGGUCAACAGGCAGAGUCCAGAAUGUGGCAACAUUUGAUAAGGAGAGCUGAGCUUUCUCAUCUGCUGUUUCCUCACAAAUGACAAACUCUGACAUUUGCCUCACAAUUCAGAACAGUUCUAGGUACCUGGAGAGUAUUUUGCAUCAUUAUAGGAACUAGGCUGCUGAUUGUACAUAUGCAGUGCAUAGGAAUGUUGUGCUUUGUAUUUAUAAUAUAUUGUAAAUGAUUCUGAAUUUGUGAGAUAUGUUUGAGAGCUGAGAAGAACAAGGAUUGCUCGUCUUGCUCUACUCCAAGUUUUUAAGUUAUAUACAAAUGACUCACUUUCUGGAAUUUGUGUGCAACCUGUCUACGCUUUGUUUCCACUAGCAUGCCUAUUACCAUGGGAAUAUUUAUAAAAUGACUCAGUAUAAGCA